GCCCCCGCGCUGGGGAUGCGGCAGCGCAGCGCAGCCCCCCGCCACCGCUGAGCGCUGCGCGGAGGGGCCGCGCCGGGGGGCGGCCGCGGAGCAUGGCCAGGGCGCCCGGCCGCCGCCUCGGGGUAGCAUGGCCGUGAGCGCGGCGGCCGCCCCCGCCGCCGAGCCGCUGCCCCGCAGCAUCUUCAAGAAGUUCCUGGUGAUGCUCUGCUCCCUCCUCAUGUCCCUCUACGUCUUCUACUGCCUGGCCGACCGCUGCCAGACCCUGCCCGGACCCAUCAUCGCCGCCGGCGCCGCCUCGGAGGAGGAGGAGGGCGGCGGCGGCGGGUACCUGGGGGGCUCGGCCGAGCUGCCCCCCUGGCAGGCGGCGGCGGCGCGGCGGAAGCGGCUGCUGCAGCGGCUCAAGCAGCGGCGGCGGCGGCAGGAGGCGGCGCCGGGCGAGGAGGUGCCGGCCGGGGGCGGCGGGAGCCGGGCCGGCGGCUCGGGCGGCGGCGGCGGGGGCAGCGCGGCGGGCACGCCCGGCACCCUGACGCUGCUGCUGGGCGAGGGCACCAAGCGGCUGCCGCAGGCCAUCAUCAUCGGCGUGAAGAAGGGGGGGACGCGGGCGCUGCUGGAGUUCCUGCGGGUGCACCCCGACGUCCGCGCCGUCGGCGCCGAGCCCCACUUCUUCGACCGCAACUACGAGCGGGGACUCGCCUGGUACAGAGACCUCAUGCCCAGGACCCUGGAGGGGCAGAUCACCAUGGAGAAGACCCCCAGCUACUUCGUCACCAAGGAGGCCCCAGCCCGCAUCUCCUCCAUGUCCAAGGGCACAAAGCUCAUCGUGGUGGUGCGGGACCCCGUGACCAGAGCCAUCUCGGACUACACCCAGACGCUCUCCAAGAAGCCCGAUAUCCCCACCUUUGAGAGCCUGACCUUCAAAAACAGGACUACGGGCCUGAUCGACACCUCGUGGAGCGCCAUCCAGAUUGGCAUCUAUGCCAAGCACCUGGAGAACUGGCUCCUCUACUUCCCCAUCGGGCAGAUCCUCUUUGUCAGCGGGGAGAGGCUGAUCAGCGACCCCGCGGGGGAGCUGGGCAGGGUCCAGGACUUUCUGGGCCUCAAGAGGAUCAUCACCGACAAACACUUCUACUUCAACAAAACCAAGGGGUUCCCCUGCCUGAAGAAGGCGGAAGGCAGCAGCAAACCCCACUGCCUGGGGAAGACGAAAGGCAGGACCCACCCCGACAUAGACCAGGAGGUGGUGCAGAGACUGCGGGACUUCUACCGGCCCUUCAACAUGAAGUUCUACCAGAUGACGGGGCAGGACUUCGGCUGGGACUGAGGCUGAAAAAAAUAAUUUAAGAAAAGGAAAAUAUAAUAUAAUAUAUAUUUUUUUUACAUAUCAGUAGAGAGGGGGAAAAAUACAGAAAAAAAAUAAUAGUUGUGCUGAAACAUGAUUUGUUCUGAUUUUAUUUUAAUUUUGACAUUGCUUUGUUUCCUUUCUUCUCUCAGAGAUGAGGUGAAGCAUCCCAUCCAGAAAAGGAGGCUAUGAACAGCAACCUGGUCUUAUUGACAUCACCUGCAGCUUGGCUGCUUCCUUUGAUAGGCCCAAGGUUUAGCACUGUCUCUGUAAAAAAAAAACGCAGGUGCAAAGUUUUUAGAUGUCCUCAGGUCUACCUCCAGAAGGGACAAGUGUGUUUGAGGGAGCUCAGAGCCUUACUGGAAGGUCAGACAGAUUUUGGCUUGCAAAUGCCAUUUUAGACCAGACCUCAUCACUUUUGACAAUGAAACAAAGGAGGCUUAAUAUCUAAUUUGGCUUUCAAAACCUUACCUUAGGGGAUUUUUUUAUUGCAUGAAAACUUUGGUGACUUUUUUUUCAUUUAUCCAAUUUUUUGUUUGACUUUUGCCCCCCCCAAAUCAAGCUCUUUUCAUCAACCAAACUUAUUUUUCAUCUUAUAGAAGCCAAACCCAAUAAUCCUUUGUUUUGUUUUGAGACAAAACAAUUUUGGUAGCCAAAAGUGAAAGAAAACAAAUGACUCUAUGAUGAAAAUUGCCAGGUAGUCAAAAGGCCUCAUUCACAGGAGUUGGCUCUAAACCAGUGUUCCCCAUUGCCAGCAGUGUGCACCCCUUUUGCUACGUUGACAGCACAGUGCUUUUCCGGGGGGGGUCCAUCUGAAAGGAUUUGGGUGAUGGGCAAGGAAGGUCCACACUGAGAUGAUGCUCAUGGUACACCUGUCUUGAAGAUGAUAGGGCACCCACCAUCCCACCACCCGUAUGCAGGAAACAAGUUCAUAGUGUCUGGCAGAUGCUAUUUAAGCCAUAAUGAAGAAUGUUUUAAGUUGGGCCAGUCUUAAAAGAAAAAACAGUGGAGAAAGGGUUGUGUGGGGAAAAAAUGAACAAAAAUCACCUCCAGAAAGGGGAGAGAAUGAGGAGAAGACGAUGGAAGUCUUCUUGUCCUUUUCUAAAGGAGAACCGAGGGGGAAGCAGGAACAGGAGCAUUGGUUCUGCAGGGCUUUAAAAAUCAUCAGGCAAAACAAAUCUCCUGUUUGCAAUAACCAGGAGCUUUAAAUUCUUUGCUGUGAUCCUUAUCACCUUUUUUGGCUGGUAGAAAUGUCUCAGUGACAGAAAUCUAUUAGUGAAGCAGGAUCUUGUAUUACUGUGGGCUCAUUUAUCUGCUAGCUCUUUAUCUUCAGCAUUUUCUGGACUAUAGGAGCACCUAAUUAUCGCUUGGUGCUGUAUAAACACAACACGAUGAUGCUCCCUCUCCUGAGUCUAACUUUAAAAAGCCCCCGAUGGGGUAAAACAAAGUGGGAUAUCACCUGGUAAUCUGGUUAGGAAGAAGCCUGGGGACCAAGCUCACUGGCCCCUUGCACACCAGCCAAGAUCUUAAUAAAAUCACAGCAGAGCAGAGAUUUCAAGGUGUCCAAAGAGAAUUGUACCUGAAAUUACAAUUUAACCCAAGAGGGAGUCAUUUCCACCUUGGGCUGUCUUGCUUGACAGGUUAGGAAAACAGCUUGGUGCCUGCUCAACUUCAUGGCACCAAGUUCCACUGCAGGUGUUGAGCCACAUUCCCUCCUGGCUGCCCUGAGCCUCCUCCUUCCUACGCAUCCCUACACACCUCCCUCCGUGCCCGAGGAUGCAGAGUCCUGGGACAUUCCUGUCCCCUGAAGACAUAAACCCACAUGGUUUUGCAUGCAAGGCCCAUUUCCCAAGGUAAUUAAAAUAACUUCGUUAGUGUUGCGAGGCCCCAGGACCUUCUCUCACCGUUGUCAUCCCAAAGCCUUACCUGAGUUCAGCGUUCCAUGCCCUGGCUGGUGGAGCAGUGGUGAUGGGCUGGUGGCACCGAAGCCGGGCUGUGCUCGCCAGUCUGUCCUGGCAUGGCACAGCUCAGUGCCGCCCUCGCUACCUCCAUUGAUACCUCCACCCCCUUCCCACCAUUCUUGUUUCAGUGUGUCCCAAUUUAAGCCCCUUUAUGGCAAUGUCCUGUACCACAUCUGGGUAAACAUUUUACGUAACUGCCUUCUGCAAACACAGCAGAAAGGCAGAUGAGGGAUCACACAGACCCCCAACAGCCCUUUCUUUUACCUGCCUCCCUUCAGCCCCUCAAUGUUCAGGCAGGAGGUGACAUGAGAAAAUCAGGGAUAGUCAUGCAGCUUUGGCUUCACGGGGUCACAGUCCCUCCCAGCAUCCCUGCAGCUCAUUGCUGGAGCUCAAAGCUCCCAAACCAGAAGUUGGAAGAGUGUUGCGCUCUUGGCAAUGGUCUCUCCAAAGUGUCGCUGGAGACGAGGGGAGCAACCUACUCUGCCCAUGCCGGCCAGAUCAAGAGGGAAUGGGCUUAAGGUGUAGCCAAAAAGAUGGGGGUUAAUUGUUGGGAAAACCUUUCUAACAGCAAGGCUUGUUGGGGCAGGAAUGGGAGAUGGCCACCAUCCCUCCUACGCUGUGCUCUUCCAUCCAAGUGCAAAAGUCGAGCUGGCGGUGAGGACAAGGCAUCACUUGCUCAGAGGCACAACCGAACAGUGCCAGCACUACCGAGGCACAAAAUCUGACGUUUUUCCAAGCUGAAAAGAUUUAAGCAUGCCGUUUCUUUGGUAUUUCGAGGAGACUUAAGGUUGGGAUAACGUGUACAGGCCUUUGACAAGUAUAAAUAUCACUUAAGAGUAUGAUUUAAAAAAAUCAAUAUAAUUAUAUUGCUAUUGUCUCUCAUAUGGUCACAUUUAGACUAGUAUAAAGCAGCUUUAUAGUGCUACAGAUUGUUCUUCCUGUAUUGAACUAGCUAUAGCAAUACCAAGCACCUUCAUACAAAUGAGUUUCUACAACUGCCACCAAAUCACUGUCAUUAAAUCAGUACAGCUUUGGUGUGUACACAAGCCUAUCAUAUGUGCCUUUAAAAAACCCUUCCCAGCACACUGAACUCAGCUACAUAGGCAUACUUUCCCAAAAAUGCUCAAAUGUUUUACUUCCACUAAUUUCUGAGGGUUUGAAUCCCUUGCUGCACACCUAGUAAAACUAUUUAGGGAUCUGAGACUGUAAUUGAUUUUUUUGAUCUGGGCCAUAAGUAUUUUUGAAAAUCCCUCCACGUAUGAACAAUGGCUUUUAAAAAGAGGUCAUGCAAUCAAAUUGCUUUGAACUCUAAUAACAUUUAAGCCUCUAAACUCUUUAGGCUUAUUUUAAAAUCCAGCCAUGAAGUUUAGAUUAUUUUAACCUAAGAAGAAUUGGAAGUAAACUAUUGAAAACUGCACCCCUCCUAGGCCUACAGUAUUGAGCAUGUGUAUUAGGAGCGGAAAGCAAAAGUAGCUAUAAAUAAAAAAAUGACCUAUGUAGUUUGAUUCUUUUUUAAAGCAGAAAAAUCAAUACAUUAAUGAUGAGAAACUAAUUAGGUGUAUUAAAAUCCUUCUGGUUUCAAUAAUCAAAUGUGCCAUUAGGCACUGAUGAAGCUUAGGCUUAUAUGCUGUGCAACAUUUAGAUUUUAGAACAUUUGUUUUAAGAGGAAAAAAAAACCCUUUAUAAAGCAUCCUAUCAACAUCAGGUGCCAAAUUCAUCAUAAAGAACAAAUUUUUCAUGAUGAGGGUGGUGAGGCACUGGCACAGGUUGCCCAGAGAGGUGGUAGAUGCCCCAUGCCUACAAACAUUCAAGGUCAGGUUGGACGGGGCUCUGAGCAACCUGAUCUAGUUGAAGAUGUCCCUGCUCAUUGCAGAGUUGUUGGACUAGAUGACCUUUAAUGGUCCCUUCCAACCCAAACCAUUCUAUGAUUCUAUGAUCUUUGAGCAGACAGACCCAUCUCCUUCACCCCAUCAUUUGCAGCACUGCAUGGGUGCCCGUGGUCCACAGGCCGUGGGUCUCUGUGGGUUUGCACAGCGCCUUGCCCAGCCCAGCCCCACAAACAGGGCUUCGCAGCCCCGGUGCACAGAAGCCACCAAGAGCUUUGGCACAGGGCUGCUGAGCACAAGUAUUGCCCCCAGAGUCUUCAAAAAUCAGGAUUUUUUUCCACUGAUGAUGACAUGCUUUAGCACAGGCUCGUAGAGCCCGAUUCAGAAAGACAGUUGAACGUGAGACCACCCUUUAGCCCGCUGCAGCAGCAGCUUUCAGCCAAACUUGAACUGUGGGAAUGGCCACACCUGGAAAAUUUCAGAGAAAUAGGUUUUUCUUUACCAGUGCAGUUUGGCAAGACAAAAACUGGCUGCUCUGCUGCUGCAAUUCGCAUCACUGCGAUUUCUGGAAGGGCAAGGACCGGGCUGCUGCAUCCACAUUGUAGUUGGCGCUGAUUUCAUGCUGUGGGGAAUCCAAUCAAGUCCUAAGGAAAUGCUGCCACCCAAUAAUUUACACAGUUAAAAGGAAUAUAAACACCAAUGUGUCAUGUAUGGGACUCCUCUACGUGGUAUUCGGGGUGGUCUUUGGGGUGCAGCAUUAAGAAGUUAAAUUUCCAGUAAUGAUUUGGCCAUGCCUACCCUGCACUGAGCGAUUUUGACUAACACUGAUCCUUAGCCUCCUCGGUUCUCCCACAUACACACUAGCACACACAAUGUUAGGUCUCCAGAUUAGGGGAAAAAAAAAUAAAAAUUGCCCAUUUUCUUAACCAUUAAAAAAAUUCUUGUUCGUAUAUAACAGUUUCUGGGUUUUCUCUCCUCCCUCCCUUUUGCUUGGUGAUACUGUCAUCCUUCUCCCUUUGGUGCUAUUUCAGUAUGAAACAGACUGAUUUUAAUUUAAUUUAAGAAUGAAAAAGCACACAUUUAAUAAAGUUUACGGGUACUGA